AUGGAUAGAAUGGUUGAAGAUUUAGACGGUGUGGAGGUUAUUAUGGAUGAUGUAAUUGUCGCCGGGGAUGAAACAACGCAUGAUAAACGAUUGACCAAAUUCUUGGAGCGAGCAUCGACACAAGGAUUAAAGCUCAAUCGAGAAAAAUGUAAGAUUCGCCAGAGAGAAGUGCCUUAUGUAGGGCAUCUCCUCACAGCGGAAGGUUUGAAGAUGGACCCUCGGAAAGUUGAAGCUAUUCGAGAAAUGCCAACGCCAAAUAGCAAAGAAGACGUCAAACGAUUUCUUGGAUUUGUGCAAUUCCUAAGUCGGUAUAUUCCUGGAUUAUCUAAGGUAGAUGCACCGUUGAGAGGGCUUGAGAAAGCCGAUGUACUGUUUCACUGGGAUCAACCACAGCAAACAAGCUUCGAGAAGAUCAAGGAACUUGUCUCACAAUCACCAGUCCUACAGUAUUAUGAUGUAACCAAACCGGUAACAAUCCAGUGUGAUGCAAGUGGCAAAGGAUUAGGUGCAGUGUUACUACAAGAGGGAAAGCCUGUAUGUUAUGCUUCUCGAGCUCUUACGGACACUGAAAGCAGAUAUGCCGCCAUCGAAGCCGAAAUGCUUGCAGUGGUCUUCGCCUGUCGUAAGUUCCAUCAGUACAUAUAUGGCAGAAGUGUGGUUGUCGAGACAGACCAUAAGCCACUACAAGCAAUCAGCAGCAAACCGUUGUCGCAGGUUCCGUUGCGACUUCAGAAGAUGAUUCUUAACGUGCGUGGAUACGACGUGAAGAUACGUUAUGUUCCUGGCUGUAAACAA